AUGGCCCAACUGAAGUAUACACCACCCAGGCAAUCAUCACCAACUAUCCACGUUCCACGACAGCUUCAGGACUGCGAGUUCAUUUUUGUCCGAAAUGACGCGGUAAAGAAACCACUAACACCAACAUACCAGGGUCCAUUCAAAGUCUUAAAACGCUCUGAGAAGCAUCUCACCAUUGAUCGAGGAAGCCGGACGGACACCAUCUCCAUCGACAGAGUCAAACCAGCUUUUCUGGAAAAAUCUCCACGGGAGGCAGAACCCGUCUCAACACACCCAGAACCCUCACCUGCCUCAACAACCACGCAAUCGCAACCAUCACAACCAAGUCAAGUAAAUACCGCCGGCGCGGGGAGCAGCCCGGCCUUCGGGCUGGGUUGUGACCAUGGCAAUGUCCGGCCUUCUCUCCUGCACCUUCCAGCUCUCUCCUGCAGCAUCCAGCUCACUCCUGCAGCUUCCGGCACUCCUACAGCAUCCAGCUCACCCCUGUGGCGCUCUACUGACGCCCCGCUACCUAUUCCAGCACACGCUGACGACCUAAUCCAGUGCCCACUGACAUCCAGCGCCCGUUAUCGUCCGGACACCGUUCCCGAACAAACGACCUUUCCAUCGUCUACAACGGACGAUCUGCAUUUGUCAUCCUUCUUUGCUAUUGCCAACUCCUUGCCUUCGUGUCCCCUGUUUUAG